UUGAGGCAGGUCUCUUGCAGCAUUUAUAAACCUGCCACAUGCGACUCAGUUUGCUUGUCCAGUGUUGCCCCAUUUGACAUGAUGGCUGCUUGUGGUUUCUUGUGGGCUUUAACUAUGGCUAUGCUGACUCAGGAUAUUUGCUCUUACCCUGUUAAGAAAGAUUUUGAGCCAAGCUCUUCCUAUGGCAGUGGUCAUCAUACAAACUCGGCACCAGCUGCUCUGACUUCCACCCAGUACUCACCUGGAGCUUUUAUUCCCGGUGUUGCUUCCUCUGAGGGGGUUUCAAUGUCAACCACCUAUCAAGCGGUGCCACGCAGGCAGCCUGGCUAUCAGAGACAGCCGGCCACUUCCUACAGCUCUAGUUCUUUCUCCAGGCCUGAGUCGGGAUACGAGGGUGGCUCAAGCCGCCCUCUGGAAAAUCCUCAGAUGCCAGACUUAACACAACCAAGUGCUCCUUUCCAACCAGAUUCUCCCCCAGGUUUUUCCUGGUCUGUGGAACCAAGUCUUUUCCGUUCUACUGAGGAAACUAGCUUUGGCUCCAGUGAAAUGGCCCCUGCACCACCAGUACCUGGUUAUGUGAGCCCACCUGUACCUGAUAGAUUGAUUCCACCUCCAAGUGGUCCAGAGUUCCAACCAGGAGAAAUGUCUCAUUUUGAGAACCACUUUGAGCAUGGAAACUACCAGAGGGAGACAGAAGAGCAAGGUUAUCAGCCACCACCUCCUGGUAUCCCAGUCCCUGCUGAGCUAGAAGGCUUCACUAGUGAACCUCAUCCAAGACCAAGGCCAUUUUGGUUUGGGGGUCGUUAUCCUUAUGAUUUCAUGUUCCUGACUGGCCAGUACCCUCCAGGCACAGUCACUCACUUCAGCAGCAGCUAUGAACAUGGGAGAGACCACUGGCAAGAUGCUCACUAUGAGAGAAUCCAUGAGCCUUUCAGCGCCAGUGAAGAACAGAGUCAGACUUAUCCCAGUGACUUUUCAGACCUUCAGAGCUAUCAGCAGCCACAAUUGGAGGUGCCAAGUUAUCUGCCUUACAGCAAAGGUGUUGAUGAAGUUGGUCAGACCACGGACGAAGAAGGGACUGCUUCAGUUCCUUACCAUGGGGGUUAUUCACAGCCCAAUCUGUCUGACCAAUCCUCUGUGAGCAGCCAAACCAGUGGAUACAACAUGGGCAAGGUCAGUGGAUACUAAAGGCUUUCCCUCCAGCUGUGUUCAAUAAAGAGCUUGCAAACUGUCAA